CCGCCCCCGCCCCGCGCGCCCGCAACCGCCGCGCCCGCUCCCGGCCGGCCGGUCGGAGAGCCGGAGAGCCGCCUCCGCGCCCGGCCUCCGUGAGGGGGGCGCCCGGCCGGACCCUGAGCCUCGCCCUCUCGCGCUGCGGCCGCCCGCGCCUCCUCAGCCGUCUGCCCGGCAUGAAGACCAAGUUCUGCAACGGGGGCGAGGCGGAGCCCUCGCCGCUCGGGCUGCUGCUGAGCUGCGGCGGCGGCGGCGGCAACGCAGCCCCGGCGCCCGGCGUGGGGCAGCAGCGCGACGCCGCCAGCGACCGCGAGCCCAAGCAGCUGGGCGGCCCGCCGCCGCCGCCGCCGCCGCCGCCGCCGCUGCCGCUGCCCCCGCCGCCGCCGGCCGACGAGCAGCCCGACCCUCGGACGCGGCGCAGGGCCUAUCUGUGGUGCAGGGAGUUCCUGCCCGGCGCCUGGCGGGGCCUUCUCGAGGACCAGUUCCACAUCAGCGUCAUCAGAGGUGGCCUCAGUAACAUGCUGUUCCAGUGCUCCUUACCUGACACUGUGGCCACCGUUGGUGACGAGCCUCGGAAAGUGCUCCUACGGCUCUAUGGGGCGAUUUUAAAGAUGAGGUCCUGUAAUAAAGAGGGAUCCGAACAAGCUCAGAAAGAAAAUGAAUUUCAAGGGGCCGAGGCCAUGGUUCUGGAGAGCGUUAUGUUUGCCAUUCUUGCAGAGAGGUCGCUUGGGCCAAAACUCUACGGCAUCUUUCCCCAAGGCCGCCUGGAGCAGUUCAUCCCGAGCCGACGCUUAGACACUGAAGAAUUAAGCUUGCCAGAUAUUUCUGCAGAAAUAGCUGAGAAAAUGGCCACAUUUCAUGGUAUGAAAAUGCCAUUCAAUAAGGAACCAAAAUGGCUUUUUGGAACAAUGGAAAAGUACUUGAAUCAAGUGCUGAGGAUUAAGUUUGCUGGGGAGCCCCGGGUGAAGCAGCUCCACAGGCUCCUCCGCUACAAUCUGCCUCUGGAGCUGCAGUAUCUGAGGUCACUACUUGAAUCCACCCCUUCUCCAGUUGUGUUUUGUCACAAUGAUUGUCAGGAAGGUAAUAUCUUAAUGCUGGAAGGCAGAGAGAAUUCUGAAAAGCAGAGACUGAUGCUCAUCGACUUCGAAUACAGCAGCUAUAAUUACAGGGGAUUCGACAUUGGGAAUCAUUUCUGUGAAUGGAUGUACGACUAUACCUAUGAAAAGUACCCUUUCUUCAGAGCGAACAUCCUGAAGUACCCCACCAGGAAACAACAGCUCCACUUUAUUUCCAAUUACUUGGCUGCAUUCCAAAAUGAAUUUGAAAACCUCAGUAAUGAAGAAAAGUCCAUUAUAGAAGAAGAAAUGUUACUUGAAGUCAAUAGGUUUGCCCUUGCAUCCCAUUUCUUCUGGGGACUUUGGUCCAUCGUACAGGCCAAGAUUUCAUCCAUUGAAUUUGGGUACAUGGACUACGCCCAAGCAAGGUUCGAUGCCUAUUUCGACCAGAAGCGGAAGCUCGGGGUGUGAGCGUGGGAGGCGCCAUCCACUUCAUCCCUGGACUGCGUGGGGGUGGCCAGCCAACGGGCCCCUCCGCGCUCCAACUGCUGUCCCUACAGCAAGGCUUGGAUGUCUCGCUGCCGACACAGAUGUGUAUGAUAUGAAAGACUGUAUUAAAAUUGAGUAACAUUUAUAUCCUAUCUUGUUUACGAUUUCACUAGGUCUGCAAUGAGAUCGGGAAGCAGAAACAUAGUUCAAUAGCGCAAUAGUGCAAUAUCUCAGAAUCCUUUUUAUCUAGAGAAGGCAUCUCCUAUUUGGGGCCUGAAGUUUGUAGUCAGGUAUGGCAGACAGCGAGAGUAAACAGUGUUUCUGUGGGUCUUCUUUUUGGUUAAUGUUGAUUUUUCAAGGAUUUGAGUUCACAUGCUGGGGAACACUGUGACCAUGCUCUCUGUUGGUGACUGUGUAGAUGCUGCUGGCUCCCGAGCGCAGUGAGUGAGCAGGGACAGACUGUGACAUAGCCCUGUGGAUUGAGCACAAGUCUCUGGAAGCUGCUCCCUCACCCUCUGGUCCACGUGGCUGAUGCUCCGGACGGCAGACUGCCUGUGACGGGGGUGAGCUGUUGUCUCUGGACAAGGAUGAACCGACGAAUGUAGCUCCUUGCUACCUGUUGUACAUAUACUGUUAUGCAAACGCAUCUCACCCUGACCGGAUGCAACUUGGCCCUGCCCUCCUCUUUAACUGAAUGUGCUUUACUAACUCCAGGCUCAGGGGCACGCAGCCCAUAGGGGGCCACCUGCCAGCCAAGGGGCAGCUUGGGGACCUUUGGAUGCACAGGGGCCUCCUGCCUCCCUUCCCCACAGAGAGCUUUGUCCUGCUCUCCGCAGCCUUUUCUCCUCCUCCUCUGCUCAGCCGAGGGGUUGUGGGUUCUGUGCCUGGGCUGAAGCCUCCUGCUGCCCAGCUGCGGGGGCCUCAGUGUGCCAGGUGGGGAGAGGGAGGAGGCCUGACCAUGGCUCUGGGCCAGCUCCCCUGCCCUCCCUGUUCCCGAUAUCCCUGAUGGGGUCCUCCUGGUGGGAAAGAGCAGUCUGUGGAAUGUGGGGGCGCAGAUACACUAUAGCUGUGAAACCCAUAUAUGUUAAAUGUCCUUUGGGAUAAAUUUUUUUUUACUCUGAACUCUUACUUGAAUGUUUUUUUUUGUGCAUACAUUUCUGCUACCAGAGAUUGUACUAUACAAAUAAUAAAAGCGUAUAAAACUCA